AUGGGGUACAAGAUCACCAACAUCUAUGUCAUCACCACGGUGGCCGUCAUUGGCGGUGCACUUUUCGGUUUUGAUAUUGCCUCCAUGUCUGCCAUUCUUGGCACCCAACAGUACAAGUGUUUUUUCAACCAAACUGGCGUUAACGACAAAGGCCAAUGUGGUGGCCCUACUUCCGCCAACCAAGGCGGCAUUUCUGCAGCAAUGCCCGGUGGCUCCUGGGUUGGUGCUUUAAUCUCCGGCUUUGUAACUGACUGGAUGGGUCGCCGUGGUGCGAUCCAGUCAGGCUCGGUGAUUUGGUGUAUUGGUAGUGCCAUCGUUUGCUCCUCCUUUGGAAUCGCCCAGCUUGUAGUUGGCCGUUUCAUCAAUGGUAUCUCUGUUGGAAUUCUCAGUGCCCAGGUUCCAGUUUAUGUUGCUGAGUUGGCCCAGCCCAGUAAGCGUGGUCAGGUGGUUGGAGCACAACAAUGGGCGAUCACCUGGGGUAUUUUGAUCAUGUUUUAUGUUUCAUAUGGUUGCAGCUUCUUAGCUGGAGAGAAGGCAUGGCGUACUCCAUGGGGCCUCCAAAUGGUGCCUGCUGCCUUGUUGUUUGCCUUGACUUUCCUUCUACCAGAAAGUCCGCGUUGGCUGGCCAAGAAGGACCGCUGGGAGGAAGCACACAACGUCCUUGCCUCUGUUCACGCCAAGGGUGACCACAGCGCACCUUUUGUGCAAACUGAAUUGCAGGAAAUCCGCGACAUGGUUGAGUUUGAACGUCAGAAUAAGGAUGCAUCGUACUUGGAUUUGUUCAAGGGCCCGAUGCUUUACCGAACUCAUCUCGGAAUGUUCACCCAGAUUUGGUCUCAGCUCACAGGAAUGAAUGUAAUGAUGCUUUACAUCACCUACGUAUUUGGAAUGGCUGGUCUUACCGGAAACGCCAAUCUUGUCGCGUCCUCAAUCCAAUAUGUCAUCAAUGUGGUGAUGACUAUUCUGGCCUUGCUUUUCAUCGAUCGUUGGGGUCGUCGCACCCCACUUCUGGUUGGAUCCACUCUCAUGAUGAUCUUCAUGUUUGCCAAUGGUGGUAUCAUGGCAUCAUACGGCAAGCCAGCCCCGCCGGGUGGCCUCAACAACACACCUGAGCAAUCAUGGGAUCUUUCUGAUGCUCCCAUGGCUGCCAAGGGAGUAAUCGCUUGCACCUACCUUUUCGUUGCUAGUUAUGCGCCUACGUGGGGCCCUGUCAGUUGGAUAUAUCCUCCGGAGCUUUACCCUCUUCGCUUGCGUGGCAAGGCCGUCGCUCUUUCGACUUCAUCUAACUGGAUUUUCAACUUUGCCUUGUCUUACUUUGUACCUCCAGCCUUUGAGAACAUUAAGUGGAAGACUUAUUUAGUAUUUGGGGUAUUUUGCUUCGCAAUGACUGUUCAUGUCUUCUUUGCCUUCCCCGAAACAGCUGGUAAGACGCUCGAGGAAGUUGAGAGUAUGUUCACCACACCUGGCCUCAAACCCUGGAAGACUACUGUGCAAUAUCAACAUGUACGCAAGCUUGAACAAGGAGCAAUCCAGUCAGAUAAGCUUGGAGAUAUUCAUACAGAGGAAGGGAACUUUGUUCCAACAUCCACUGAGAAGGAGACCAGUGUUUCCCAAGUUGAAUAG